AUGGCUGUUUCAGGAUUCUCUAUCCAACACGACUAUGAAGUGCAAGAGUACAACAAGCUGCGUCGUGCGUAUCUAGCCUCUGAGAAACGAAGAAAGGCCAAAGCCAGGGCGAUGGAGAAAGCAUUUCUCAAAGAUCGGAGAAUGAGCUUGCAGAGUAAAAUGCGUAUGUUGAUGACUAGGCCAUGA